CCGCACAUGGAUGGAGGAGUGUAGCGGCUCCGGCAAAGCUCCGCUCCCUCCGCCCUCCUCCUCCAGCUAUUUGCCAGUCAGCCUCGACGACAGACAGCUCGCCGUCUUGCUGCCGCGCGGAGCCUCGUCCUCUCCAUCCGAGCUCCGGCGUCGUUUUGCAGGCUGCGCUGAUCGCUCCACGGGCCGGCUCGUGAGUUCGGUUUCGUUUGGUUACUUUUUUUUUCUUUCUUUUUUUUUCUUUUUUUUUCGGGCUUGGAGUUUUGUUUGCUGAUUGCCCUUAAAUACACAUGGAGAAAAUGGCCAGACCGCUUCCUUUAAAUCCAACUUUCCUGCCGCCGACUCACGGCGUCUUGAAAUCCCUGCUGGAAAACCCGCUGAAGCUGCCUUUCCAUCAUGAUGAAGGAUUUGGGAAGGAGAAGGAGAAGGAGAAGAAGUUGGACGAUGAGAGCAGCACAGCCAACCACCCACAGUCGGCCUUCCUUGGACCGACCCUGUGGGACAAAACCCUGCCCUAUGAUGGAGACAACUUUCAGCUGGAAUACAUGGACCUGGAGGAGUUCCUGUCAGAAAAUGGCAUCCCGGCCAACACAGCUCAGGGCGAGCAGGCCCCGCAGACAGCACAGCCACCGCAGGCCCCUCUUCAGCAGGCCCCGCCACCCGCGCCACCCACACCCUCUGUGGUUGACCUCAGCAGCCGCGCCACCACAUCGGUUCACACAGCCAUGGCUCCUCAGACCUGCCUCCGAAGCCCCGGCACAGCAGCGCUGCCCACAGCCAGAGACACCCCCAGCCCCAUCGACCCAGAGUCCAUUCAAGUACCGGUGACCUAUGAUCCCGACCCAGCAGACCUGGCUCUGUCCAGCGUCCCCGGCCAGGAGAUGUUCGACCCCAGGAAGCGCAAGUUCUCCGCCGAGGAGCUGAAGCCGCAGCCCAUGAUCAAAAAGGCCCGCAAGAUCUUCAUCCCCGAAGACCUGAAGGACGAUAAGUACUGGGCCCGGCGCAGAAAGAACAACGUGGCGGCCAAACGCUCACGGGACGCCCGCAGGCUGAAGGAGAACCAGAUCGCCAUCCGAGCCGGCUUCCUGGAGAAGGAGAACGCCGCCCUCCGCAUGGAGGUGGGGGACUUAAGGAAGGAGCUGGGCCGCUGCAAGAACAUUCUGGCAAAAUACGAGGCCCGACACGGGCCCCUGUGAGCCAUCGACCCAUGCCCCAUUCACAGCCACCAAACACCCGCUCUGAUCCCCACAACUCUCCCCACUUUCCCCGACAAAUUUGAAGGACAAUGUGUCUCUUUUGGUGGCAGUACACCACCACCCUCCUCCUCUUCCUCCUCCGACACACACCUGUGUGGUUCCGGUAUUAUUACUGUCAUUUUGACUUCUAUCAUAAGCUUCACGUCGUCUGUUCCUCCUUUUCCUCUUUACACGUCUUUUUGACUAAAUAUAUUUACAUAUACAUAGAUAAAUAUAUAUAUUUACACAUGCAUACUUCCCACUUUAAUGUACUGUGAGGAGUUAUGAGCCAACCCACCAGCUAAGUCUCUCACCCCCUUUCCACUUUGAGAAACGAUGCCAUGCUGUUUGUUCACUUUCAUACCGAUUUUAUACGUGAGAUCAGGACUGAAAGCUUGUUUCCCUCCGUCUUCUGUCUGUGAUGUGUCCCCCCCCAAACCUUUAUAUAUGUGUCCUAUAGCCUGUUGUUUUUGUUUAUUACCAACCCAAACUCUACCCUAAUCCAUGUUUCAGUCCCUUAAUGCAACCCCCACUUAGCUUCUCAAAUGCUGUAUUUUAAGUCUUUGAAAGCACUUAAUUGUUUUUCUUGUGCAAUUGAGGCAUAAAUUUGCCCCUUUUUUAAUUUUCUUUUUGUUCUCAACACUCGGACACAGCAAUAAUUCCUUUCCAUAGCUUAAACUGACCACAUGCUCCCCCCUGCAUCACAACUCAGCCCACCGUCAUUAACUGACCUAACUUUAGUUAACCUCUGCACUAAUGCGUGUCUCACAAUCUGAUCCGGUGCAAUGUUGCCACUCAUAUAUACAGAAAAAAAGAAAAAAAAAACUAUUCCUCCGCCUCAUAUUUAUCUCCCUUUUAUUUCUCAGAUGGAAGAUUGUUGUUUUAUAUAUAUAUAUUUA